GAACACAAACAAGAUAAGAACAAGGAGGUAUUUUUUACACCAGGAUGAGAACAUUUUUACCGCAGUAUGACCCCGUUGUAGUAGUAGUCACGAAUUUCCAUACACUGACAUCACAGUUUUGUGUGGGACUGUCUACGAUCUGAUUGCUGUGCUGGGUGAACUCCCAGCAUUCCAAGAUUCAUAUGAGCGCCAGUCAAAAUAGAGGUGUAAAUGGACUGCGUUAUCUAUCCUGUAAAACCUUGUGUUUUAUCCUUGGAUUUUAAAAUUUUAUUCAUUUUCGUGGGAUAUACCAUACACGAUUAUUAGGUGGAAAAAUAAGCGGAAAACGUGUGCGUUUCGGGGAGGAAUUUGUUGUGUUACCAUCGAUGGCAAGCCAUUCGGAUUUACCGUCCACCAUCGCCUCGCAUGCUGAUGAAUUUGUAGAUUUGGCCAGAGUUUACGAACUCGUUCGAACAAAAUGGCCUGGUGGGCGGUCAUGUGCGACAUUCCGAACUUUUACUGUUUUAGUUAUGUGCAACGCAGUUUUAAUUGCAACCUUAUUUCUAUAUAUGGCAAGCAGCUAUAAUGAAACACCAAGAAUACACAUAGUCCAAGUUUGGUCAAAGGAAUAUAUUCUCGCAAAUGAACUCGCAAAAAAGGAGCAUAAACGUGCUGCUCCAUCCGGUGUGGGAUUUGCAUCGCAAAUCAUGCAGAACCCGGAUCAGUAUGCCAUAGAAAAGCCGAAUUCAUUACCACCUAAUUAUGUUUAUAGAACGUUAGAUAAUUUUACCAAAGCCAAUAUAUCUAAUAAAUUUAUCCCCAAUAUUUUAGCAAAAGAUGAUUUUAGAAAUAAGACUUUAUCAAGGAUACGUGAUGGUGGUACAUUACCCCCAAACACAACGCAGAAACUAAACUUAGAAAAAAUUGAUAACCUUAUUUCGAGUCUAGUCAGGAGAAUGACAUUAAAGAAAGCAAAAUUAGAAUCUAAUUCAUCGGAAGAUUUUCAAGUUGAUGGAUACUUCAAGGUGGAUUCAGAAAAGCCUUUAACCUUGAGGUGUAGCACAUGUGCCCUGGUGACAAGUUCAGGUCGACUGAUAAACCGUAGUGCAGGUGUCGAUAUCGAUAGCGCUAAAUGUGUUAUUCGCAUGAACGACGCACCUACCCGUGGUUUUGAAAAUGACGUCGGUAAACGGACCACAAUACGUGUGAUUGGUCACGUAAACAUGGAGAAAAUGAACCAGACUGAAAGAGUUGAUGAAAUUUUUGUGGAUGGUAAAACACGAACGAACAUGGCAAUUAUACCGUGGCUAUACAACGACACAAUAAACCGAACUGAUAAUUAUUAUGAACUAGUUCGAAAUUUUUCAUUACGAUUUCCUGAUGUGGAAUUUUUUGUUAUUUCGCCAAGAAUGAUAGAAAGUGUGGAAAAUAUAUUCACUGAGGAAGUUGGGUUUACCAGGAAAGACGCAAAAACAUGGUUUACAACUGGUUGGAUGUCAAUGUUAUUUGCAAUUGAUGCUUGUGACCGGAUCGAUGUUUACGGGAUGCUUAGCCAUAGAUAUUGCAUUGAAAAUACUGACAAUUCAACAAUGUAUCAUUACUACGAGCCGAAUGGAACAAAGGAAUGUAGCUACUAUAGCUGGAGUGAACACAAUUUGAAGUCGGGUCAUUUGUUUAUGACAGAAAAAGCUGUCUUUGCCCGCUGGGCUCAGAAGUUUGACAUCCACUUUCAUCAUCCGGAAUGGAACAUUACGGCUCUCGCCAACUUCACAAAAACAGGAAUAGAUACUCCUUUCGUCCGCGCUUUCAGGAAACAGAAAAAGCGGAAGACGAGGGUUAUGCGUAGAAAGGCACGUAAGAAACCCACACGUGGUUGUAGGACUGUUAAAUGUGCUGUCAUCUUAUCCCUAAUGCCUGUAUUAGCUCUUUACGUGUUUUCCUUCGCGAUUUGGAUUGCCAUCCGGAAAUCUGAUCCUGAUUCCGAUGCGUUGUUGUUGAAUCAUCAGAAGAGAGGGUUCUAUGACGAUGAGACCAGCUCAUCAGAGGGCGAUGAUGAUUUUUGAUUAAAUUAAAUAAUUUUAUGUUCAGAUGUGUCCUAUGCUGUUGCUAGGUUACUGAGUUGGUAGUAAUUUCCCAGGCAAAGAAAAUGCAAUUUAGUAAUGUACUAGACGAGUUAGUCUAGUUAUUAGCUACUGAUUUAUGAAAAAAAAAGUAUGUGAUUUUGUAAUUUAAUCUGUUUACAUCAAACCAACAUUGCAAUCAAAAAUUCUCAUCAAUUGUUUGUUUUUUACAAAUGUACAGGAAUUAAAUCAGUUAUUAUUGACACUAUUUUUAUAAUGCCUUGCGUAUUACUUGCUCCUUUGCAUAAUUGUAAAGGAUGCUUAAAAUGACAUAAUAUUAUUGGAUGUUUGCUAAUACGGACUUUUUUUAUAUGAAUAUUGUUUACUUAUGUGUGCUAUUGGUGUUUCUUUAAAUUAAAAUUCGAUAUUGAUUGUAUUUACUGAUCAAACUAUUUAUGGACAGCAUCACUGUGUAUCUUGGUUAAAUUAAAUGGUUUAUGAACGAAUAAAUUAAGUAAAUUCAAACUGCUAUUUAUUGGACGCCAGCAAAUGUACAAGAACAUAAUCGCUUGAUUACCUACACUAUUUUUAUAACUCUUUGCAUUGAAAGGAUGCAAGAUACCUAAAAGGACAUUAUAUUGUUGGAUGUUUAAAACAAUCACAUUUUUUAUUAUGAAUAUAGUCAACAUAUGCGCACUAUUAACAUUUCUUUCAUCAAAAUUCCAUAUCUAUUGAAUUUACUGAUCAAGAAUUUGUUAAAUAUCAUCACUGGACAGUAUUGCUAUUAUAUAUUUGAUGGCGUUUUAAUAACUAUAUGACUUACAAACUAAAUGAAUGAAUAACAAAAUGAACAAAACGGAUCAAGAAUAAUAUAAUUGAACCUCCAACCAACCAUUAUUUUUUGUAUACCAAAACCUAGUAAUGAUACAAACAUUAUAUUGUUCUCAGUAAAUAUAUUAGCGAACAAUUUAAAAAAAAA